AUGAGCGUUACACACCAGGUAACGAGUGUCACACACCAGGUAACGAGCGUUACACACCAGGUAACGAGUGUCACACACCAGGUAACGAGUGUCACACACCAGGUAACGAGUGUCACACACCAGGUAACGAGUGUCACACACCAGGUAAUGAGCGUUACACACCAGGUAACGAGUGUCACACACCAGGUAACGAGCGUUACACACCAGGUAACGAGUGUCACACACCAGGUAACGAGCGUCACACACCAGGUAACGAGCGUCACACACCAGGUAACGAGUGUCACACACCAGGUAACGAGCGUUACACACCAGGUAACGAGUGUCACACACCAGGUAACGAGCGUCACACACCAGGUAACGAGCGUCACACACCAGGUAACGAGUGUCACACACCAGGUAAUGAGCGUUACACACCAGGUAACGAGUGUCACACACCAUGUAACGAGCGUUACACACCAGGUAACGAGUGUCACACACCAGGUAACGAGCGUCACACACCAGGUAACGAGCGUCACACACCAGCUUAUGUAUUAUGCUCUUAUUGACUUUGUGAACUUAAUAAUCCAAAAUAAAGUUGUCGACCGACUUAGAGGUAGAACUUCCGUAGAUAUUAGUGGAGGCCAGCGACCUGCCUGGAGUCCUGCUGCCACCACACUGCCAGGGACUGUUGGCACCCGCCACUGA